AACAACUUCGUUAUCAGCCCAGAUGUUGCAUUUGCCUUUGAGCUAAAAUAAAAUGAUUGCACUGAAAACAAUACGGAAUCACUGGAAGAAAUCACUAUUUGCGGCUGGAGUAGUAGGAUAUGGACUAGAUUAUGCAAAAACAAGCUUUGAGAUAACCCAGCAUAUGAAAAACGUAUGUGCUGAAACUGUAGCCAUUGGAAAGGUCUGUGAUAAGCCCAAACAUGUUGUGGUCGUUUUAAACCCGGCAGCAAACAAAAGAAAAGCAGAGAAAAUGUUCAAAGAAUAUUGUGAACCUAUUCUACACCUAUCCGGUUACAGCGUUGAUAUUAUAAAAACAACACAAGAAGGGCAUGUGAAAACUUGGUUAAAUGAUAUGACUGUGCGACCUCAUGCGAUAGUGGUUGCUGGUGGAGAUGGCACUGCAUCGGAAGUUGUUACAGGCUUGUUGCGUCGCAAAGAUGGUAAAUGUCCAAUUGUAUUGCUGCCAUUGGGUCGGAAAAGUUCAACCGCUGUGAAAUAUCUCGACAUUAAGCCAGAGAACAAAUUGGAUCGUGUCAAAUCACUAACGGCAGCGUUGAUGCCUUUACUUCAAGAAAAUUUUAAGAGUGAAAGUGUAAUGAAAGUGGAUUUCAUUGAUGAUUCGGAAGAAGACAACAACAAAGCUGAUUCGAUAAAACAAAAUGCAACAAUUUAUGGCUUGAAUGACUUUUCGUGGGGCUUUUUAAGAGACCUGGAAAGUAUUACCGAUAAGUAUUGGUAUUUUGGACCGCUGCGACAAUAUGCAGCGACAUUUUUCAACGCAUUUUCUAAUAAAUUAAAUUGGAAUUUCGAUACAGAUUAUGUAUACACUCCACCCUGCGCUGGUUGUAGUAACUGUCUACCAAGCGAGAGCAAGUCCUAUGUAAAAAAAUUUCUACCCAGAAUGUACACAGUUAGGGAUACAAAUACUGCCAAUGUAAAUUCGUACAAAUUAAAUGAAGAUUGUAAUACGAAAACUGAGGGGCAUACAAACGUAAAUCAACUAAAUAUUACUUGUAAACAAAAUAUUGAUACUGGUUCAUCACUCGAAACUAAAAUGAUUGAUACCCUCACACCAGGCGUAGAUUUCGUGAAAAAAAUAAAUAAAGUAAUUGAUAAAGAGCUGCAACCAAAUAGUACGAUAAAUAGUCGAACUAUACAACUUAAACCUCAAGUGAAAGAGGCACCUGAUGCUCAUUAUUCCAUAGAUGGUGAGGAAUAUGAUGUUAAGCCAUUACGAAUCGAAGUUGUACCAAAUGCCAUUCAAGUGUUUUGUAAAUAAAAAUAUUUUUUCAAUGCAAA